AUCAUUUGCACACACAAAGAAAUAUCAAUAUCUUCUUUCACCAUGCUUCCAAGGAAGAUGUUGUUCAUUUGUAUACUAAUUUCGUCCUUAAUUUUCACCACGCUUUCUUAUAAUAACAAAUGUCUUCCCCCUCAGCAAACCUUGUUGCUUCAACUCAAGAAUGAGUUGAUCUUCAACUCUUCUUAUUCAACAAAACUGGUGCGAUGGAAUGAAAGUGAUCAUGAGUGUUGCAAGUGGCACGGUGUGGAAUGUGAUGCUUCUGGCUACGUCGUUAGUUUGCAGCUCGACGAUGAGGCCAUUUCCGGUGGAAUUGGGGAUUCGUCGAGUCUCUUCAGAUUUAAAUAUCUGCGGAAGCUUAACCUUGCCUACAAUGAAUUCAACCAUGAUGCCAUUCCAAAAGGUUCCUUCUGAAAUUUCGACCUUGACGAGAUUGGCUAGUCUCGAUAUCUCCAACAAGUCCGGCACUACUCUUAGCCUCGAGCUCCCAAGUUUGAAGUUUCUUGUCCAAAAUUUAACAGGGCUUAGAGAGCUCUAUCUUGAUGAUGUCAAUGUGACUUCCUUGCAUGAAAGGAAAAAUUGGGGUCAUAUUAUAUCAUCACAUUUACCAAAACUCACCUCUUUGAGUUUGGUUGGUUGUAGUCUUGAUGCUCCUUUGCCUAAAUCCUUUUUACAACUUCACUCCCUUUCGAUUCUUCGACUAGAUCGGAACAAUCUUUCAGCGGUAGCACUUCAUGACUUGUUCACCAAUUUUCCGAGUCUCACCACCUUAACUCUUGGCAAAUGCAAAUUGAAGGGCUCAAUUCCAUCCACCUUUGCUAGCCUAACAAAGCUUAUUCGUGUCGACUUGUCGUAUAACAACUUGAAUGGCUCACUUCCUUCUGCUUUGUUUGAAGGUCUUUCCAAUCUCGUUCAUCUAAAUCUGUUGGGAAAUUCAUUCUCCGGUAACAUACCCCAGUCUAUUUUUGCUCACCCGUCAUUGUUGGAACUUAGUCUUAGUUACAACAAAUUUAAUGGCACUUUUCAACUCGAGGACUUUCAAAGCCUUCCCAAUCUCACGUGGCUUGAUCUAUCCGGCAAUAGCUUGUCAGUAGAUGUUGGCAACGUCGAUUCGAGUUCACAUGGACGCCUCAAAUUAAAAGGCUUAGGCCUAGGUUCGUGUAACUUGUCCAAUUUUCCCGAUUUCGUUAAACAUUUGGAUCUGGAAACAUUGGAUCUCUCAAACAAUAGUAUUGCGGGGGAAAUACCUAGUUGGAUUUGGGGAGCAAAACUCUCCCAGUUGUUUCUUGCUAAUAACAAUUUAAGUGGAUCAGUUCCAACCUCCAUCUGCAACGCCACACGACUGUAUAAUCUUGAAUUGUCUCGAAACAAUUUAAGUGGAACGAUUCCAACCUGCCUCUGCAACGCCACACAAUUCGUUUGGCUUAGAUUGUCUGGAAAUAAAUUGAGUGGCAGCUUACCCGCUUGCCUACUUAUAUACAUGAAGGGGAUCGAUCUAAGUCGUAACAACAUCAGCGGAAGCAUACCCCCUUUCCCACUCGAAAGGAUUACAGUGUUGGAUUUGAGUCAUAACAACAUCAACGGUAGCAUUCCAGAUAUUUUUCGUGUAGAUUGUAAUCUACGUUACUUGGAUCUUAGUCAUAAUGCUUUAGAAGGGAAGAUCGCAAAGUCCCAAAAUCAUUUGGUAGGUUGAGUAGUCUCGAAUCACUCGACCUCUCUGUAAACCAACUAGCAGGGCCGAUCCCAGAGGAGCUUGGAAGGCUCACAUUUCUUUCGAAAUUGAAUCUCUCCUUCAAUAAGUUUGUCGGAGCGAUCCCAAAAGGGCGGCAAAUGCAAACAUUCUCAUCUGAUUCAUUUGAAGGAAAUUCGGGGCUAUGUGGUUUCCCUCUCAACAUUAGCUGCAAUCAUACUAAUGUACCACCACCGGGAUACGAUGAAGAGGAGAAUGAGAUAGAGUGGGAAUACGUGUGUGCUGCACUUGGAUAUGUUGUGGGAUUCGGAAGCAUUGUGUGGCUACUUUUAUUUUGUCGAAGUUUCAGAGAGAUAUACUUCGGCAAAAUAGAAGAGAUUGUUGAAGACAUAUUCAUUGUCAGAGACAUGAGAAGAAGGCGUGCAAGAAGAGAGGCAAUAAAGGAUUGAGUUAGGAAACAAUAAUGUUGGAAAUAUUAUCUUUGUUCUAUGUAAAAGAAUGAAAUAAAUAGGGGUUUAGCCUAGCUUGUAUAGUUCCCUAUGUGUUUAAAUUUUUGCAUGCUUUUUAUCUUAAAGUUUGUGGAUUGUACAAUGUAAUGAAUUUUAGAAUGAAAUGAUGAUUUGUGGUGCA